UUGUUUAAAAGGGUCCUAAACACAGUGGGAAUAGAAAAAACUGUACAUGCUGUGAGCGGCAGCGCUCCCUGCUGACGUCCCCGGCUCUGCGCAGGCUUUAGAAAGAAGCAGACGUGUCCCAUACUCAGGGUAGUUUGCACGGCCAGAUGGAGGCUGACAGCACCGGGGGAAACAUGCGAGGAAAACCAGACGUGGAAAUGGCAGAUAAUCCACUUGAGCCUUAUGUCGAGUUCCUUCGUCAACAACUGGAGGACCAAGACCCGGUUUUUCUAAUUGGAGUUAUCGUGGCUUUGGCGGUUGUUAUCAUCACCUGUGUUUUUCUGAAGUACUUUCUUAGCAGUAAAACGGUCCGCAGCGCGGUGCUGCUCGUAGGACUGUGUGACUCCGGGAAGACGCUUCUCUUCAGCCGGCUGCUGUCAGGGAAGUUCAAGCGGACGCAGACCUCUAUUACUGACAGCAGUGCUCCAUACAAAGCCAAGAGUGACAGGGGAAGCACAUGGACUCUAAUAGACCUGCCAGGACAUGACAGUCUUCGUUGUCAAUAUCUGGAGAAGUUCAAAUCUGCAGCCAGAGCAUUCGUGUUUGUCGUGGACAGCGCUAUCUUCCAGAAAGAAGUGAGAGAUGUGUCAGAGUUCCUGUACGAUUUGUUGACGGAUGCCGUCAUUUCCAGAAAUGCUCCGGCUAUGAUUGUGGUGUGCAAUAAACAAGAUAUCACCAUGGCAAAAUCAGCUAAACUGAUUCAACAGCAGCUGGAAAAAGAAUUAAACACCUUGCGGGUGACUCGUUCAGCAGCCCUGAGCUCUCAGGACGGCUCUGUGGGCGGCAGUCUGUAUCUGGGGAAGAAAGGCAAGGACUUUGAGUUCGCCCAUUUGCCAGUGAAAGUAGAGUUUGUGGAGUGCAGCGCCCGUGGUAGCAAGGGUGACGACGGGGAGGCUGACAUCAAGAACCUGGAGAAGAGCCUGGCUAAACUUUAAAAUGAUUUCUUCAUCAUCCUCAAAGGCACAGACCUUGGAUCAGGUCAGAUAACCUCACCUCAACUCAAUGCCCACAAAGGAGGGACGGUCAAUGCAUCUUUCUGGAGGCUUAUUUGACAGGAGUCAUCAUGGUCCUGUCUAUGCUGCGUGUCAUUGUAAAGCAUAAAAUGACAUACAAGUUAGAAUAUUGUUUAAGACAAAUUAUGUGGAAAAUACAGAAAAGACUGAAAGGAGUUGAUCAUGCUGUUCUGCAGUGUUGAGAUGGUCAUGUGGUUCUGGAGUAUAAAUCCUACUGUGAACAACUACAUUAAAAUGCUUUUAUUUGAAUUA